UCCCUGCUCAAGAUUCAAGAAGAGCUUUGCACUGAGAGAAAUCAAGGAACACUCCUUCCCAGCAGUGUGGAUUACAUUAAUAGUUUUAUAAGUAUUCAUUUAAAAAGGACAAAAACUGACUUGUAAGGAAUGGAUCAAGGAGAACAUGAAGCAACUAUCCAGCUUCAAAAUUCCACACUUGCACCACCUGCAAUGUUCAACUCAUCAGACUGGCAUAUUGUUCAUGCUAUUGUUCCUCCGUACAUAUUUAUUGUGUGUUUGGCUGGGAUUCUGGGCAAUGCUUUUGUAUUGUUCGUGUUCUUCUUCCAGAGGGGAAAGUGGACUGUGCCUGAGAUCUAUCUGGGAAACCUGGCUCUAGCUGACCUAAUCCUGCUGGCCUGUUUACCAUUUUGGGCCAUGAACAUCCUCAAUCACUUCUACUGGCCAUACGGAGAGUUUCUGUGUAAAGUUGUCAAUCUCUCCAUUAUUGUUAACAUGUAUGCUAGCAUUUACAUGCUGGUGAUGGUGAACUUAGAUCGUUACCUUGCACUAGUGCUUAUUAUGAAAGCCAGAUGGCUAAGGAGAAGACGAAAUGCAAAGGUCAUUUGCUUUUGUCUCUGGCUUUUUGGAGUGAUCAUGGGCAUACCCACUGCUGCUUUCAGGAGCGUGCAGUACAUCCCAAGUUUUCAGGCAGAAGCCUGCAUUAUUCAUUACCCUUUUGACUCCUGGAAACUUGCCCACCAUCUUCAACUGGUCCUGCUGGGCUUUGCUCUUCCUCUCCUGGUGAUUGUCUUCUGUAGUUGUAAUAUUUUGUGGGUCCUUCAGAAAAGAAUGGAUGGUGUUUUUCCACAGAAUACAAAUGACAGAAAGGCCACAGUGCUAGUAUCUGCUGUGACCCUGUUUUUCUUUAUUUGUUGGGCUCCGUUCCAUAUUUUCACCUCCCUGGUUAUACUUUGUGACCUUAACAUCCUGGAUUUGGACGCCUGGGAUCAUAUCUUAGAUGUCGGAACCCAAUUUACCACAUACUUAGCAUUUUUGAACAGCUGUCUUAAUCCACUGCUUUAUGUAUGCAGUGGCCAAUACUUCAAGAGGAAAGUCAGUGAUAUCUAUAAAAGAAGAAGGAGCUCAACUGGGUCAGUGGCCACCACGUUACAACGUUCUGUUAUAGCAACAAGGAAUGAUCAAAUAAAAACAGGUGUUUUGUAGAGCUGAAAUAUGUGCAUAUUGUUUGUGUGUGUGUACGUGUUUGUGUGUGUGUGUGUGUGUGUGUGGGUGUGUGUGGGUGUGUGUGUGCGUGUGUUUUACAUUAGCCAGUUAACAAAUGUAGGGGUAGAAAUCAGCACUAUACUGCAUGUUUCAGGCACAAAUGAUUAUAAUCAAUAACCAGCUGAGUGUUCUGGAUAUACUCAAGCAUUUACAUGUAUAUGUAACAGCACUUCUAUGUACUUGUAAACAGUGAAUAAACAGCUACCAUACAAGGCAGUCUGUUAGAGGUUUGUUUCUAGCAGUACUGCUGUUUUGUGUUGACCUUGUGUUGACCCAUGCACCACCCAUUUAAUAUGUUAAUAUGUUAUGAGCCUUAUUGUUUAUGGAAGUUUCCUUCCCUAAAGGAACAUUAAGUCAUAAUGUUAUGUAUACUAUAGAAUAUGGAUUUUAGUUGUUUGAAAAUGUAUUUACUAAUGAAUUCUCAUUUAUUCGUCUUGUUGUGAAGCAGGUUGGAAAAAGAGCUGUGUAUGUGUAACCGCUUAGGUUUGAUUUUUGAAAACAAUAAAAGUCUCUUUUGCAAUGUC